AUUUGGCCAAAGCGCAACGGGGGUAAAGAUAAGUAUAUCAAGCUAACUUAGCACAGCUAAGAACUGUUGUCAUUUUCGGCGUUCAGCAUUAAAGGGCGAACGGUGGUCCUUGCGCUGAGCAGGAAUCAUCUCUGUUGCUAGUUAUCAGUGGUUAGCUCGCUAGCUGUCUUUCGAGGUCAUUCUCGCCUGUGUGUAUUGUUAGCUAACGGUACAGAUAUUUUUUUAGAGACACUGUAUAGGCUUGACUAGGUAGCUCGCCAACUAGUUACACAGCCCGCUAACCUUUUAGCUAACUAACGUAAACUGAAAGCCGUCCCCAGUUGGAAAGAAGGAGACAUGAAGAGUCUUCCGUAUUUCUCCCGGGGGGAAGUCGUUCGAGGUUUCGGACGAGGAAGCAAAGAACUAGGGAUUCCCACAGCCAACUUCCCAGACUCAGUGGUGGAGCACCUCCCUGGCGACAUCAGCACAGGGAUCUACUAUGGCUGGGCAUGCGUGGGCAGCGGAGACGUCCACAAGAUGGUGAUGAGCAUCGGCUGGAACCCCUACUACAAAAACACCAAGAAAUCCAUGGAGACUCAUGUGAUACACACGUUUAAAGAAGAUUUCUAUGGACAGAUCCUCAGUGUAGUCAUGGUGGGCUACAUCCGUCCAGAGAGGAGCUAUGACUCGCUUGACGCCCUCAUAGCAGCAAUCAACCAUGACAUCGAGGAGGCCAAGAGAAACCUGGAUCUCCCAGAACACCUCAAACUCAAAGAGGACAACUUCUUUAGAGCCACCGCCAGCACGUCCACGACAACAUCCAACAAGAUCAUGAAUGGCCACUGACCUCUGAGCACAUCACAACCCUGUCUGUUGUUCGACAACUAAUGGGCUCUCCUGUACGUUAUCCUCUGCUCUGCCUUUCUCUCUGUAAUCACUACCACACCAAUGGCCAAUAUGCCACUUAUUCAGUCCUCUGUAGAGAUUUUGUUUUGAGGAUCAAAUCUUCGUAUCUGACCUGAAGCUACAUUUAGACCAUGGUUGUGUUCAUUAGGGCACACAACCAAAAAAACGUUAAACGUUUUCUAAUGGAGAAUGAGUUUCUUUGUUGGACAAGUUUGGUGCCUAAUGAACACGACCCAGUUAAUGCAAGAUAAUGUGCAACUCCAGGAAGUGAAUGUGAUCUUUGUGUGUUGAGGGGGAACAAGUUGUCUCUCGUCACAAGCCCUGUACCAUCAAACCACUGCUAAUAGAAAUGAAUGCUCAUUUUGUAUUGGUUUAGAAUUGGAGUUUAGUCUCAGCUUUGCCGUCAAGGUUUAUUCAUCCUUUUCGUAUUCAGAUGUAUUAAAAAUGUCUGCCUUGAAGCAGAGAAGUCCUCAACGUAUCUUGCAUGUAAUCUAGGAUAAAUAAUUGCAUUAUAUACUUUGCUGAAUUUAUGUGCUUUAUUUUGUUUGAUGUACAGUAUGGCUCGUUUUUUAAAAUAAUAUUUUACUGUUUUUGUAUACCAAAUCUGUGGAUGAGAGUAUCUAUUCCCUGUCCCUACCCCCUCAGAUUUUGAGCUACAUGGUUGGAGAAAAUGUCAAUGCAGCUUCAGCUUUCCGAUGUCCUUCAUUUGUAUAGUCCCUCAUUGGUCAAAUCCAGCAUUUUACCUCCCCAGAAAUGAGGGACAUUUUAUUUAAGUUUUGUGAGGGAGAAAAUAACCAAAUGGGCCCACUUAAGUGUCUGACAGUUUCAACAAUGUAGUUUUUACUGACUUAACCAUGUUUGGACCCUAAUUCCACUGAUAUAAGCAAUGAUAUGGUACAAGAGGAGUAAGUCCAGGCCUCUGAUUCUCUACAGAUAGAUGUGGUGGGCAUUUAUAUUUUUUUUCUUUGUCAUUUUCUCAGAGGACAGUAUCGAGAGCAUACAUAUGUAGUGCUUUAUAGCAGCUGAAAUAGCCUAGUUGUUUAAAAUGAAUUGUGAGUUAAUGUGAUUUGAGAUGUACUGUAUUUAAGAGUCUAAUAUUGGCAGAGGGGAAAAUAUGGCUAUUCAUAAUAUAUUACUGUUUUCGUAGACAGAAUCUGUAAAUAAGAGACUAUAUUCCUCUCAAAAA